AUGCCUUCGUCCGAGACCACAGCGCCAACUGGAGUGUAUACGAAUGGUGUCGAAAACGGUAAUGCCAACGGACACUCGCAUUCAGGUACCAAUGGAAGUGAUCCAUACUUGAAAGCCAAUCACCCUCUAAGUAUCAUCAUUGUCGGAGCGGGUGUGGCAGGGCUGGCGCUGGCCGGCAUAUUAGGCCAUUCGGGGCACAAAGUUAUUGUUUUGGAAGCAGCACCGGUGAUUGCUGAAGUGGGCGCAGGAAUUAAUUGCUCUCCAAACCUCACACGCCUCCUGAGUCGAUGGGGUCUCGACAAGCGUGUCCGCCAACACACGAAUUCUCUCACACGAAUUGAUUUGAGGAGAUGGAAAGACGGCGAGUUUCUCGGUGCAGCCACCCUCAUGCCCGAGAUUGAGAGGAGACACGGGGCGCCGCAGUAUGCGAUUCACCGUGCGGAUCUCCACGAAGCCUUGAUGGGAGAGGCCGAGGCGGUGGCCGAAGUUCGCAUCAACAGCAUGGUUACAAGUCUUGACUUUGACAAGCCUUCGGUGACUCUCUCGGAUGGCAGCGUCCUUGAGGCAGAUGUGGUUGUUGGUGCAGAUGGUGCAAGAUUGAUUUACCAAAAGCUUGGUCUCCUCGACAAAGCGAAGCCAACGGGAGACGCGGCAUUUCGGGCAUGCAUACCCUUGGAGCUUGUUACAGAUCCAGAACUGCGAGCCUUCAUCACAGAACCCGUGGCAACAAGAUGGAUGGGUCCAGACAGACAUGUACAGGCUUAUCCCAUCCGCCAUGGAAGCCUUUAUAAUAUGGUCAUGUGCCACCCAGACACGGGCUUCUCGGAGGAGUCCUGGACUGCGAAAGCCUCUAAGCAGGAGAUUUUGGAUCACUUUGGGUCAUGGGAUCCUGUUCGGUUGCGCAAGCUUUUGGAUUUUAUCCCCGACGAGAACGUGAUGAAAUGGCGACUGUGCGAGCAUGAUCCACUUCCAACCUGGGUGACGGGAAAGGUGGUGCUGCUGGGUGAUGCUUGUCAUCCCAUGCUCCCUUACGUCGCCCAAGGGGCGGCUCAAGCGAUUGAAGACGUCGGCGUCAUUUGUUUGGCCCUCAACCAGGUAUCCAAGCCAGAGGAGAUACCUACACUUCUCAAGGCUUUUGAGGUAGCUCGAAAAGCCCGUGCAGAGCACGUCGCCAGCACAGGUGGCGCCACACGCCGAGUCUUGCACCUCCACGAUGGGCCGGAACAACAGGCAAGAGAUGAGAAGUUCAAGUCAGUGUCCAAGGGCGGGGAGAACCCGGACCUGCUGGGCGACGCGAAGGCACAGUCAUUCCUGUGGGGGUAUGAUCCAGAGAAGGAGUUCUUGGACAAUUUUGAGAGUCUGACCCGGAAGGCACAAGACCUUCUCGCUGAGCCGACGACGCGAGUGAUGGAUCUGUAA